GAGAGAGAGAAAGAAGAGAUGAAGUACGUGCUGGUCACUGGAGGAGUGGUGAGCGGUCUCGGAAAAGGGGUGACGGCCAGUAGUAUCGGCGUGCUUCUCAAGGCCUGUGGACUUCGCGUCACUUCCAUCAAGAUUGAUCCAUACCUCAAUACUGAUGCUGGGACCAUGUCCCCCUUCGAGCAUGGGGAAGUUUUUGUCCUAGAUGAUGGUGGUGAGGUGGACCUGGACCUUGGAAACUACGAGAGAUUUCUGAAUAUCAAGUUGACCCGCGACAAUAAUAUCACCACUGGGAAAAUUUACCAGUCAGUUAUUAACAGAGAGAGGAAGGGAGAUUAUCUGGGGAAGACUGUUCAGGUUGUGCCUCAUAUUACAGAUGCCAUUCAAGAGUGGAUUGAGCGUGUGGCAGUGAUACCUGUUGACGGAAAGGAAGGUCCAGCUGAUGUAUGUGUCAUUGAAUUGGGUGGAACCAUAGGAGAUAUUGAAUCUAUGCCGUUUAUUGAGGCUCUAGGACAAUUUUCAUAUCGUGUCGGUGUUGGAAACUUUUGCCUGAUCCACGUCAGUCUUGUGCCGGUUUUGAAUGUCGUUGGUGAACCGAAAACAAAACCAACCCAGCAUAGUGUGAGAGGACUACGAGGCCUAGGGUUGACACCAAACAUCUUAGCUUGUCGCAGUACGAUGGCACUUGAUGAGAAUAUAAAGGCCAAACUCUCACAAUUUUGCCAUGUUCCGGUUGAAAACAUCAUCACUGUUCAUGAUGUUCCAAAUAUCUGGCACAUCCCUUUACUUCUAAAAGAUCAGAAGGCUCACGAGGCAAUCUUGAAAGUGCUGAACCUUCUAAGUGUGGCUCAGGAACCUGUUUUAAAAGAGUGGAGUUCUCGAGCUGAACGUUGUGACAAAUUGCAAGAGCCUGUCAAUAUUGCAAUGGUUGGGAAAUACACGGGCCAUUGUGAUUCGUAUCUUUCCAUAAUUAAGGCCCUCUUGCAUGCUUCUGUUGCUUGCAGUAAAAAACUUGUUGUGGACUGGGUUCCAGCUUGCGACCUUGAAAACGUGACUGAUAAAGAGAACCCAGAAGCUUACAAGGCUGCUUGGAAAAAAUUAAAGGGUGCAGAUGGCAUUCUAGUUCCUGGAGGUUUUGGUGACAGAGGAGUGCAAGGGAAGAUUCUUGCUGCGAAAUAUGCCCGAGAAAACAGAGUCCCUUACCUUGGGAUUUGUCUGGGAAUGCAGACUGCUGUUAUUGAAUAUGCACGAUCUAUUCUUGGUUUGCAGGAUGCUAAUAGUACUGAAUUUGAUCCUAAAACCAGGAAUCCCUGUGUGAUAUUCAUGCCUGAGGGCUCUAAAACCCACAUGGGAGGCACCAUGCGUCUCGGAUCUAGGAGAACGUAUUUCCACGCAUUGGAGUGUGUAUCUGCGAAACUUUAUGGGAAUCAAAGACACAUUGAUGAGAGACAUCGUCAUAGAUAUGAGGUAAAUCCUGACAUGGUUGCACACCUUGAAAGUGCUGGCCUUUCUUUCCCUGGCAAGGAUGAAACCGGUCGGCGCAUGGAGAUUGUUGAACUGCCCAAUCAUCCAUAUUAUGUUGGAGUUCAAUUUCAUCCUGAAUUCAAAUCGAGGCCUGGGAAGCCUUCACCUUUAUUUUUGGGGUUUGUGGCAGCGUCGUGUGGAGAGUUGGAUGUAGUUCUACAGCGCUGCGGUGGCCAGGAAAAGGUCUCAUCAACUUAUCAUAUCAACGGUCGGUCACGUAAAGUAUUCCUGAAUAGCAAGGCCACUAAUGGCUUGUUGAAUGGCGUUUACAGCAUUUGCAAUGGUGUGCCCUUGUGAUCGAGACAUUGGUGUCACCCACGGCAAGAUCUUUCCUUCUGGUGUGUUUGGCGAACUAGAUUGACAAUUUUUUGAGUAGAUGGUAGAGGGGUCUGUACAGAUUUUGGAGCACGUGCAGGCGUUAACACGGCUUUCCCAAAGAGAACAGAGCCUGACCCGGUCUUUUAAACGGGGGGACUCUUGUUCAUCAUCAUUGUAUGUCUGUAUUGAGGUGGUUUGUCGGGAGUUGUCGGAGUAAUACCCUCGGGGCUUGUACUUAACUAUCUAGUUGCUUUCUCGAGCAAAUGUGAUCGUGUCGUGCAUUUGUCAA